GAUCCGUGACAAUGAUCACCCUGUUUAUGGGGCAGGUUACGCCCAGUUCUGCCCCCUCCUCUCUUUCCUUCCCUUCCCCUCCUCACAAUGGGAGCUCAAUGCAAAUUACCAGUGCGCAACUUUGCGCAAGAACUGAGCUACGAUCCAGGGUGAAGUGCGGGUGGUAUCGUAUGCAAAUCCGUCUGCUGACGUUACAGAUCAUGUGGGUUUUGGCGUAGAUUCCCCACUGAUCGAGGAUUUUUUUUUUUUUUUUGCGCUCCGCUCUUGUGCUGUGUUGUUCUAAGGAUCCCCCCCCCCCCUUCUUCCGCACCCCCGAUCGUUAAGAACGUUCCGAUUCCCAACGUUCUAUCCGCCGCCUGGAUACAUUGUUGCUGCCAACGUUCCAUCGCGCGCGCCCGGGGAGCCGCAGGUCGUGAUCAGGCUGUAGAAUGUGGCUGGACAUGUCCAAGAAAGGAAGCCCCUCGUAACCAAGGUGUCCUUCCCAUGGUGUGUCGCACAAAUCCUCACCCUAUGCAGAUUCAAGGGAACCACCAAAGUUUACCCUGGAUAGAGUGUGGAGUAUAACACUCCACUGCUUGAACGAAACCACGCCUAUAUAUAAUUUUUGGUUUAAUCCACUAGUGCUAUAGCAUACUUUAACUAUAACCCACCAUCAAGAUGGCCAGUAAAAGAAAGUCCACAACCCCAUGCAUGGUACGGGCAACUGAGCUCGUAGACCAGGAAGACCAAGACAUUGAUGAAUUGACUAACGCCCCUGUACCAGAUUCAGAGACUAAAAAUGACUGGCCGGGUGAGAAGGAGAAAGAAGCAGAGGACAAAGUUAAGGUGGAAGAGAAGCCACCUGCGGAGACUCAAUCGAAAAAGUUGCAGGGUGGCUACGAGUGCAAAUACUGUCCUUACGUAACACAGAAUCUCAAUGAGUUUACAGAACACGUUGACAUGCAACACCCGAACGUCAUUCUUAAUCCCCUCUACGUCUGUGCUGAAUGUAACUUUACCACCAAAAAAUACGACUCUUUAUCUGACCACAAUUCUAAACAUCACCCAGGAGAAAGCAACUUCAAGUUAAAGUUAAUGAAACGCAAUAACCAGACCAUUCUAGAGCAGUCCAUCGAAGGUGGAGCGGAUGUUUCCAGCACUCAAGAAAACAUGGAAACCGAUGACAGCCUAAAUGGUGUAUCCAUAAAUAAGCUGCCCAUCAGUAAACUUGGAAAAAGCCGUGCCGAAAUGAGAAGAUUGCGAAAAGCUGAAGAGGCGAUGUAUGAUGGCCAUUUUGGCCUUUCAGAAACUAAUGGCAUUUCAGGAGAUGGUUUAACGCAUGUUAUGCCAUCAGUUCAACUUCCACCCAAUAUUAACCUUCUUCCAAAAGUUCCUGUACCCCUGAAUAGCAACAAAUACAAUUCUGCUCUGGACACUAAUGUAACCUUAAUCACUUCUUUUAAUAAAUUUCCAUACCCUACACAGGCGGAACUAUCUUGGCUUACUGCAGCCUCAAAACAUCCGGAGGAACAGAUAAGAAUUUGGUUUGCUACCCAGAGGUUGAAGCAUGGUAUAAGCUGGUCUCCGGAAGAAGUAGAAGAGGCAAGAAAGAAAAUGUUUAACGGGACUAUCCAGUCUGUUCCACAGUCUUUUACCGUUGUGUCGGCUCCAAUAACUACUACUGCUAAGGUUGCCCAGCCAAUAAUCCAGACAGCAGUGCCUUGUCAAUUUCUUGGUCAGACAGGUCUAGUUUUUACACAAGUGACAAAUACUCCUACUGUGACUGUGUCUUCAUAUUCUGGCAACUCCUCCGGAGCACCAAGCCCAAGCCAGAAACGUUCCUUACAAAGCCCACAAGAAGCUCCAGAGCCAAAGCGUCAGAAUACAGUGAAAGCUUCAUCUCCAUCUUCCAGAUUAAGCAUGGUGUCCUCAUCUCGGCACGAGCGUAAAAAAACCAACGAGCAGAUCGCCAUUUUGAAAGCCAGUUUUGUAAAUAGCCAAUUUCCAGAUGAUGUGGAGGUUUACAGGUUGAUAGAGAUUACUGGUCUUUCUAGGAGUGAAAUAAAAAAAUGGUUUAGUGACUAUCGGUAUAGGAGCCAGAGAGGUAUAUGUAACAUUACCAGUGAAACUCUAUUGAGGGACCAAAUGUCAUCCAGAGGUCGACGGCCCUAUCAUUACAGAGACAUAACGCCCACAAAGCUUGCUGAGAUCACAGAAGAGCAGCUCCAGUUUCUCGAAAUCAGUUUUCAGAAGAGCUCUUUUCCAACACAGUCCGAAUUUGACAUUCUGCGGGCCGAGACAAAACUGUCAAGGCGGCAGAUACAUUACUGGUUUAUGAACAGGAGGAAAGUUAGGGAUUCCAUGGAACAAGCUGUUUUGGACUCUAUGGGAUCUGACAGCAAUGAUGGACUUAUGAACGGGGCUUCUACACAGUCUGGUAACCUAUCGAGGUCUUGGUCACAGUCUUCGGUAACACACAGGUCUAAACAGGAGCAGCUCCAUUUGUUAAAAAGUACUUUUGCAAGAACUCAGUGGCCGACUCCACGUGAGUACGAUCAACUGGCAGAACAAACUGGACUUGUCAGGACAGAAAUUGUAAAAUGGUUUAAGGAUAACCGAUGUGUCCUCAGGAAUGGGAGCCUAAGAUGGAUGGAGCAGUACCGAAAGAUGUAUGAACGCUCUCUGGAAGAGCGUAAAAAGUUUAUCAAGAUUACGUCGGCCACUAGUACAGGCAGAGACAUUCUCACCAAAUAUUUCCAGGAAUACGGCCAGUUACACGAGGAGGACGUCGAUCUUCUGAUGAACAGGGCUAAACUAGAUGUUGAUGAACUGAGAGCAUGUUUUUCAGAAAUGCAGGAACAAGGGACUUUUAGUCUGCUGAACAACGAACAAGAUGACGAUAAACUUGAUUUAGAGAGUGAGGCGAAAUCACAUGGAGACGAUGAAGUCAUAUCAGACGGUGAAGAUAGCUGGAGUCAGACUGGACAGGACAACCAAGAUGACAUGGGUGACUAUGAAUAUGGAAGUACACCUAAAGAUGACUCCUGUGCCUAACCAGAUGUAAAGACCUUGGGAGGGCGCCACCCGUUUCACUUUGAAGAUAAUAUAAAGAUAUAUUUUCCUACUGUUGAUAUAAAAACCUGCUGGUUUCUGCUCAGCCAGGACGACGUCCAUAGCCUCACCGUGGAUUGUGAAACUGAAAAGAAAAAAGUUCUUUCUUUGCCAAAGAACGAAAUUCUAAAAAGACUUUGUACAUUUCCUGCCUAUUUCUUCCGUACUGGAACCGUUUUGAGUGUGAGAGAGAUGUUGGUUGCAAAUUUACCAUUUUCAUUUUUUUUUUUUUCAAAAACUUUUUUUUUUUUUUUAUAAAAUUUUGCAUUGCUUAGAAUUAGUAACCACUAAGUUGUCUAAUUUUUUUUGUUCCAUUUUAUUGUUGUGUAUAUAGAAAAUUAUAUAUUUGUUACUUCCUAGUGGUAGAGCCAUUUUAUGAUGGGACCACUGGUCUUCACAAGAGUUUUGGUGGGGAUGGGAAAAAAAAAAAUGGGGACUCUCACCGGAUUGGAGAAUGAGGUCAAAGAAACAAAAUCCAGAUCAAAUCCAGCAUAAAAGAAAACACGAGAUGUGACGGAAUGGACUUGCCUUGCCAAAAAGGGGGUUUCUUGGCGUUUCGGGGGUUCAGUUACAUAAAAAAUAAUUUAAAAAAUAGUCAUGGUAGAUACUAAAGUUUAAGGGCUUCCUGGUGUGUUUAGGUUUACGCAAGUAUUUUACUAUACUGAAAAAGAAGAACAUAGAAAGGAUUGGUAAUGAAAAUAUAUAUAUAUAUAAAUGUGUGCGCGCGAGAAAUAGAGUUUUGUUAAAAUUUUUUGUUAUUUUCAAAUUAUUCAGACUGAAGUGUUUUUGUAUUUUUUUAAAUAUAUGUAUAAAGUUAUCUGAAAGCCGCGAGCACAACUAAAGACUAUUUGUCAGAUUUUAGGUGUAGUGGAGCCUACCCAGUGAGUGCACUUUUUUUUUUGGGGGGGGGGGGGGGGGAUUAUAAUUUUUUUUUUCUCUGCUUCCUGUUGUAUAUGAUGAUAAGAGUAGUUGUGUUUUGAUAAUAAUGGCGGUAAUGUCAUUUCACCCCCGCACUGCACAAAUAUGCUAGGAAGUUUGAUUACAUUUUUUUUUUUUUUUCUAGAAAAAAAGAAAAAGAGGAGAAAAAAAUUAAUAAAAU